AAAAGUGUAAACAAACGCCUCGUGAAAAUUCGAUUCCCUUGUUCAAUCGAUAGGGAGACCGAUUGAGUUUGGGAUCAGUGGGAAACACGUGAUUAGCAUAUUGCACGGCCAACGCAAAAUGGACGCAAGCGGAAGUGCCCUUUCUGGGAUUGAAACGGAUGUUCAGGGAACCGAGGGUUUGAACAAAGCCCCCGGGUGCCCUAUGGCAAAGCGUCGAAAAAUCGAUUGUGACGCGUUAAGCAGGAAAGGAAGUGAAUCCGAUGACGAAAACUCAACCGAUGCUACCCCUCAAGAGACCGGUACUGCGGAUAAUCUGCGAGAGUUCGACGUAUUGGAUGAAGUACAGGGUGAUAACUCAGAAGAUGACUCGGAAACAGGAGGUGGUGAGGCAGACGAUGGCAGCUCUGAGGGGUCAGACGUCAACUACGACGAUAUUGAAUCAAUGCUCGAUGAAGGACUGCCGGAAGAGCUAAGGAACACUGCCAAGAAGCAACCCUACGAGGAACGCUUCAAACAGGUGCUGGAAGAGAAGGGUCGCAAUCAUUUCGAAGUACUUCCGGAAGGUUGGGUUCAGGCAACGCACACGAGCGGAAUGCCGCUGUACCUUCACAAAGCGUCACGCGUUUGUACCACCUCUAGGCCAUACUUUCUUGGACCGGGUAGUGUAAGAAAACAUGAAAUACCAUUAAGUGCGAUUCCCUGCCUGAAUUAUCGCAAAGCACUUGAAAAGGAAGCGGAACUCAAGAAGGAACUUGCGGAAGCAUCCGUGGCACAAGCGUGCGCUCCGAAUGGAUCCGAAAAUGGUAGUGACACGCCGAAUGAAUUUGCCAAUGAGGAAGAUUUAACCAAAGAACCAACAGAGCCCACUCAAGAGCGUCAACUACAUAAUGCACAGCUUAGCAAAAUGAUUGCCGGCGCGACGACUACCGCCGAAGCACAGGCAAAUGCCAAACUGCUCCCAUUGAAGGUGAGUGCCAAGAUCGAAACGGUAACGGAAAACCUAAAAGCCCAAUCACUCACCUCCGACGCUGUAAUGGAUUACUGCAAGAAGCUGUUCCGCUUCAAAACGAUACGAGUGUUACGGUUUAAGUCGUGGGCAGCACGUCGGAAAUUCACCAAACAUAGGAAGCACAUAAAGAACUUACAGCGACCCACACUGCCAGACGGGACGAAGUUGAUAACGUUUCCCAUGUUGAACAUCGAGGACGAACAGGGCAAUCCACACGCACGGCCAAAGAAGGAAUGGAUCAUGAAUCCGAAUGGCAAGAGCUACGUUUGCAUCCUCCAUGAGUACGUUCAGCACGCCCUCCGCAAGCAACCGACGUACGAAUUUAAAGAGCUAGAAAAUGCGGCCACGCCCUACGCAGCCACCGUUACGAUAAACGAUCUAAAAUACGGUAUGGGCUAUGGAACGAGUAAAAAGCAAGCAAAAAGUGAAGCAGCGCGGGAAACGCUUGAAAUUCUCAUUCCGGACAUGAAGGAUAAAAUAACGAGCAAGGAAUCGAAGAGCAGCACGAACGGAAGUGGCUCUCAGCAGCAAUCUUCCGAUCUGCGCGAACUGUCCGUGUUCGACGAGAUCAAAAUUGAGGACCCACGGGUGGCGGAAUUUUGCGCUAAAACAACGGAACCAUCACCGCAUGCCAUUCUGCUGACCUGCUUGCAACGUAACUUUGGACUCGGGGAAGUACACAUCAACUACGAGGUGAACACGAUGAAGCACCGCAAGAAUGAGUUUACCAUGACGGUGGGCAAACACGUGGCGACGGUUAUCUGUAAGAAUAAACGCGACGGCAAACAGCGCGCCUCACAGGCGAUCCUGCAGAUAUUGCAUCCACACAUUAAAACAUGGGGUUCUCUGUUGCGGCUUUAUGGUAACCGAUCGGUGAAGUCGUACAAGGAGAAAAAGCAAGAGGAGCAAGAGAUUACAGUGUUGCAGAGUAAGGCUGCAAUUAAUCAACCCAACUAUGCGAUUCUGGAGAAGCUCAAGCAAGAAAUGUCCAAGCUGGAGGAACGUCAACGCAAUGUGCGUGUGAUCGGCAAGUUUGUACCACCUUCGGAUGUCGAUCUGCCGACCGGUGCUGGCGCUAAUCUAAAGAAUGUUGAUCUUUAGGCACGGAAGUAAAUGUUCUUUUUUGGUAAUAAUCAUGUUGCUUCUCACACAGUACUUCGUUGGAGGAUUGAAUACGGUGAAAAGUUAUCAAUCGGCAGCAGAUAUUAAAACAAGUACAGAAGACAUCGCUCAGGACUGAUUAGCCGGGUAUCAGUAAAUCAUAUUGCAGAUAAAACACUGAUAUGCAGGCGUAGAAUUAUUAAGGGAGAACUAAACGCUCAUCGUCAAUAGAAGAGAAAAAAAUAUUUCUUAUCACUUUUCCUAAUAUCUUCAUCAUGAACUGUGCAUAGACUCAUGUAAAAUGAGAUGUAAGGCUCUGUUAGCUUCAUUCUUCUCUUGCAAUAGCCAAUUAAUCGAUAGAGAUUUGCCAUGUAUGUGCAGACACGCAUUCAAACCCCUAAAAUUGUACAUAAUGUUCGCAAUAAAUGUAACGAUAGCAGUAAUGUGCAUUUAAGCAUUAUUACUGAAUACUGAUUUGCCAGAAAGUAAGCCAUAAAGAAGAAAGAGUCCUUCUGAUAAAGGUUUUGGAGAACUCAACAGUUUGAAAUUUAAAAAGAAUGUAUCGUUUAAAAAUGGAUGCCAGCAGAUAUCUUAAGCUGUAAUUCGCCACGAUCUAGAUAGGAUAACAGUGAACACACAUUACUGAGCCGCGCAAAUGAAAAAGAUAAACACGACGUUUGAUAAUGAAACACAAACAACUUUACUGAAUUGCUAAAACUGAAUAUGGAAUCGCGUACAGUUAAUUUACAACUAGCACGUGUUAGACAGUAGAGACGGCGUGCGUAAUGAGUUAGUCUUGUGAUAGACCAUGAAGGAGAUGAAAUUGUAACAGUCAAUAUAGCGAUAGCUUAAUGAUUAAUUGAAACGUUACUACAAAAUCUAAACAAAGUACACGAUAGACCACGAGUUUAUUGAUUUUUCUGUAUAAGAGAAUAAGAAAAAGAAAUAAGACAAUAUAAGUUU